GUCGAGCGGAAGAAUCAACAUGUGGUUGAGCUGACUAGAGCAUUAUUGUUAGCUUCCUAUGUCCCAUCUAAGUUCUGGCCUGAGGCUGUUGUCACAACAGUUCAUCUGAUCAAUUAUCAAAUUACUCCUAUGCUUGGUAAUGCGAGUCCUUUCUUUAAGCUGUUUACCCGUCAUCCUGACUAUUUCCGUAAUUCCGUCUUCGUGUGUUUGGAUGUUUAUGCUUUGUGCUUCUUCCAAAACGAGAACGUACAAAGUUGACAUCCAGAACUGCGAAGUACGCAUUUAUGGGUUAUAGCGAUGUUCACAAAGAUUAUCUAUGUUUUGAUCUCGUAGCUCAUCGUAUUCGCAUAGCAAGCAUUGUCGUAUUUUUUUUAGCACAUGAGCCUUUUGAUCUUGUGUCCUCUUCCGAGUCUAUAUUUCCUUUGUCUAGUAAACUUCCUAUGUUCCUUGAUGAUGAUCCAACUGCUGAAGACCUUUUUCCUGAUAUUCCCCCUGACGAUAUGGACUCCCCCAGUACAUCACAAGCCACUUCAUCUACGGCAUCUUCAGGCCACUCGUCCAGUUCCCAUGGGUCGGCCUCUAGUGGCAUUUCCUCUCCAUCUCCUGUCCAGCAGCUUCGGCAGUUUCUUCGCUCCACCAAUGGAGUUCCACCGCCACGCUUUGAUGAUUAUAUGGAGUUAGGAGUUGAUACUUUAGUUGCUCCCACUCGGUACAAGGAUGCUCAAGGCGAUCCGUGGUGGGAGGCAGCAAUGGGGAGUGAAUUUGAUGCACUCCAUGCAAAUCACACUUGGGACGUUGUUGACCGACCUACUCCAGACACUCCUACUGUUGGCAGCCAUUGGGUUUACACGAUUAAGAUGAAUCCAGAUGGGGCUGUUGAACGUUUCAGAGCUAGAAUGGUUGCUUUGGGUUAUACUCAGGAGCACAGGGUAGAUUAUAAUGAGACUUUUGCUCAUGUAGCACGUAUGUCAACUGUUCGCACUCUGCUGGUUGUUGCUUUUAUGAAAAAUUGGUCACUGUCCCAGCUUGAUGUGAAGAACGCCUUCCUGCACGGUGACCUGGAUGAGUUGAUUUACAUGGAAAAAUCUCCAAGAUACAAUGUUGGAAGGCCAGGACAGGUAUGCAGACUCCGUAGAUCCCUGUAUGGAUUGAAACAGGCCCCAGGGCUUGGUUCGGGAAAUUUCAAGGCACUCUGGUUGGUCUUGGGUUCUUUCAAAGUCUCAAUGAUCCUUCAUUGUUCAUCAAGACCACUUCCCGAGGUAUUGUUCUUCUAUUAUUGUAUGUGCCAGAAUUGACAUAUCCGUUGUCAUUAAAUGAAGGCUAUGAGAUUUAGUUGUCUUGAUGCGGUGGGUGAGUGAUUUGCUUUGAAAUAGGUUAUCGACAACUCGCAAUUUGGAGCUUAGCAGCACUUGUAUUGCUCUUUGAUUGCUUGCUUCAAACUCGCAUAAUUCAUCUCAAAAACGAAGCCCCCCUAGAAAGACUAAUUUGGAUGAGUGGGUUAAUGCUAGUGUAGGUGACGGCAAGCCGGGAUUUGCAGUGGCGGAGAUAAUGGCUAAUGGCGGAGAGUUUUUUUUAUGGUUGCGAAGAGUUGAGAGAUGUUGUCAUUCGGGAGUAAAUUGAAAAAAAAUAUAUAUAAACGGGAAAAUUCAGGAAAAUUAAAUACGUUAAAUUGAGUAAGUGACUAAGUGGGUGAGGAGGAGUAAAUUAGACAUUUGACCUCUCACAUAACUGUUAGUUAACGGAAAAUUUGACGGAAUGGUAGAAUUGUGUUAUCAUAAUUAAAGGAUAUGAAAGUGCAAAUGUGCAAUCAUAUAAUAUUAGAUGAUACGUUUAAUUAACUUACAAAAGUAGGGAGGCAUAAUAUAUGCUAUUAAGCCAAAUAAAAUCUACAACAAAAUAUACUAUCGCAACCAAGGUGCCUUCUACCCCGGAUGAAAUUCGGGGUACCACAUACCUUGAGUAUAAAAAUGCUAUCUAGGCUUCGAAUUAGCAGGAUUUUUGGGCAUGAUACUAUACCCUAACCCUUAAUGAGUGAACCGUAGGUACUAAUUAUCUAAAUCAUAAACAAUAAACACUAAGAUGAUGCAUUGAUUUUUUGCCUAUAUUUGAACGAAUCAUAACCGUCGAUUAUUGUUUCUAAUUAAAUUGAUCUUGGGGUGUAAGAUUUAGAGAAUUAAUACCUAGAUUUUGAUUUUUAAGGGUUAGGGUAUAGUAUCAUGUCCGAAAGAUCAGUUAAUUCAAGUUUUGGAUAGCGUUUUCUUAUUCAAAGUAUGCGGUACCCCGAAUUUCACCUUGGGUACUGUAGAACCCCCCUUGCAACCAUAAAAGCAAAACAAAAAUAAAAACAUACAAAGUGCAACAUACAGUCUGUGCAAUUCAUGUGUUGCAAGAAGAAUACAGUUUGAUUUUCUUAUCACAAUCCGCAUAAUCAUUCAAUGAUUCCAAAUUUCAAAUUGGCAAAAUACACUUUCAUAGCCAUAAUUUUUCGAGUUGUGACAAUAAUAGCCCAAUUUUGAU